UUUAAACGCUCACAUCCACUGUGCGGGGCUCCUCUAAUCCAGCAAUAUGCGUUCACGUUUGGUGCAUGGCGUUACCUCACGAUUCUUUCAUUUUAACAACCGUCCUCACAGUCAUCGCUACAGAGUUGGUAUAAAUCUCUCAACGACAUCCGUCACAUUGUUUCACUAUCUCCUUUGCUAUGACGUCAAUUGCAGCUUGUGUGGCCGGUUUGUUACCGGCUUCUCGGCAGAUUCGGAGACGUGGCUCUCUGCAAACGACGUCGUGUUUGGCGGACAAUAGAAGGUUGGAGAUGAAGAAUGUACAAGGUAUAAGAAAGAGUUUGAAGGAUUUCUUCGAUGAGUCAAAAGAUUUUAUUAAAUCAGACGGUGGUCCGCCUCGCUGGUUCUCUCCGUUGGAGUGUGGGUCCCGCUCUUACGGUUCUCCUCUCCUUCUCUUUUUGCCUGGAAUUGAUGGGGUGGGACUUGGACUAAUACAGCAUCAUCACAUGCUUGGAAAGAUUUUUGAUAUGUGGUGCUUGCAUAUUCCUGUCAAGGAUAGAACAUCGUUUACAGGCCUUGUCAAGCUGGUAGAAGAAACAGUUAGGUCAGAAAGUCACCUAUCACCGGGUAGACCUAUAUAUCUUGUUGGAGAAUCUCUUGGGGCAUGCAUUGCACUAGCUGUUGCAUCUCGCAGUCCUUCUGCUGAUCUUGUGCUAAUUUUAGCUAACCCAGCUACAUCUUUUGGCAGGUCACAACUGCAAGCAUUACUACCCUUCUCAGAAGUCAUCUCUGAUCUACUUCAUCUUAGCCUUCUUUAUAUACUGAGCUCGAUGAAAGGUGAUCUUUUGGGAAUGGUGACCGCUAGCAUGGUGAAGGGAAUUCCUUUGCAACAAAUAGUAGCAGAGCUAUCUCAAGAUGUAGUUGCAAUUCCAUUUUACCUCUCUUUGCAGGUUCUCGCUGACAUCUUACCACAAGAAACACUGAUCUGGAAGCUUCAGAUGCUUAAAACAGCUUCUGCAUACGUCAAUUCAUGUCUUCAUGCCAUAGAAGCCCAAACGCUGAUACUUUCCAGUGGAAGAGAUCAGUUGCUACCUAGUCAAGAGGAGGGUGAAAGACUCUGCCAUGCAAUACAAAAGUGUGAGACGCGGCACUUCUCGAAUAAUGGUCAUUUCCUCUUUUUGGAAGAUGGUCCUGACUUGGUAAGUAUCAUCAAGGGUGCACAUUUCUAUCGUUCUGGAAAAUACCUCGACUAUGUAUCAGAUUAUGUGCCAUUAACUCUUUCUGAAUUCAAUAAAUUAUAUGCAUAUCACAGAUUACUUGGCAACAUUUCUUCUCCUGUGCUACUCUCCACUUCCGAGGAUGGGAAGAUUGUGAAGGGACUUGGUGGCAUUCCUUCUGAAGGACCAGUCUUGUUCGUUGGCUAUCACAUGCUUUUGGGAUUGGAAGUAAUCCCUAUGAUCUGUCAACUCUUUAUUGAAAGAAAAAUAAGUUUGAGAGGAGUAGGACACCCGAUUUUGUUUACAAAAUUGAGAGAAAACUCAUUCCAUUAUACACCACCAUUUGAUGCGAUUGCAAUGACUGGUGUAGUUCCUCUCUCAGCAAAAAACUUGUAUAAACUUUUGUCAUCAAAGUCUCAUGUUCUAUUAUAUCCAGGAGGUAUACGGGAGGCUCUUCAUCGGAAGGGUGAGGAGUAUAAGUUAUUCUGGCCAAAACAACAAGAAUUUAUCAGGAUGGCAGCUCAAUUUAGAGCAAAAAUUAUACCAUUUGGUGUUGUUGGAGAAGAUGAUAUAUCUGAACUACUUUUUGAUUAUGACGAUCAAAUAAAGAUUCCUUGUAUGCGGUCCCAUAUAGAAGAAUUGACAAAUGCGAUCGAGAAGUUUAGGACAGCUGCAGAUGGCGAGGUGGUCAAUCAAUAUUUACACUUUCCUAUAUGUCUUCCAAAAUUUCCUGGUCGGUUUUAUUAUUAUUUUGGGAAACCAAUUGACACAGAAGGGAGGAGAGAGGAAUUAAGAGAUAAGGAGAAAUCUCGGGAACUAUACUUGCGGGUUCAAGCCGAGGUUGAGAAAUGUCUAGCUUUCCUUAAGGAGAAAAGAGAAAACGAUCCUUACAGGAAUUUGUUGAACCGACUUGCUUAUUGGGUUACUCAUGGCCUUACAUCAGAAGUUCCCACAUUUGAACUGUAAUUGCUCAUUGAUCAAUUCUUAGCUCAUGUUUAGUCAGAAGCAAAUUAUAAGGAUUGUUAUAAAAUAAUAAAUUA